AAUGGCUCCAAAAAGGCGCAAGACAGCAGAACACAUGAAGGAUAUCAGAAGCUUCUUUGAGAAGGAAAAUAAUGUUCCUGGCAGUUCCAUCAAAACACCUGCAAGGAAGCCAAAGAAGGUGCCAGAGUCUGAGACUCCUUUAAGAACACCACUGAGAGUGAAGGAUGAGAAUGGAAAUGAUCCCCCGACGACACAUUCCCAUCAUUUCACAGUAAAAUUUAAACCGACAGAUCGUAAAGAGUACACCAUCGAUUGCGAUCAACCACGUUCAGUCUUGGAGGCAAUCAAACACAGUCUUGGCCCAACAAAUAUGCUGAAUUUUCCAGAUGAGAACAUCAUCAUUCAGUUGGGUAAAGAGGACAAGGACUCCGUGGUUCCAACACAUUUCCCUUGUUCUUGUGUUGGUGAUGGGGAGACACUAAUUAUUAAUCAUAGUAAAUCAGAAAAGAUUGAAGAAGUUCAAGAUCAGCAUGACAAAACCAUACUGCCAAAAGAGAAUUAUUCCGUCUUCUUCAUUGAUAAAGUUGGGGGUCUCAAAACCAAAACAAAGGAUUUGUUCAGAAGCAAAAUGAUUAAGCAAUUCAAGUAUCUCUGCGUUUAUGGGGAAAAGGGGAUGACGGUGGAAGAGGCUCUGAAGCGCGAUGGUCGGUUCAUUGACAAUCUUGGAGAAUUUACCCUGUCUGAUAACGAAAACCCAGACGUCCUCACUCUUCGCACACAAAGGGUAGACAGCCUCCACCAGAAGGCUUUCAAGAUACGUCUUCCGCUCAAUAAAUGGGAAAAUGUUGAAACACAAAUGAGGUCAAUCCUAGAUGUUGCUCGUAACAGUGGAAAAAGUGUUAGAAAAGUAAUGGAAGAGCCCACCAGCAGUGUUAACACUGCUGAGAUUUACCAACUGCUGCGUCAGCAGUUCCCAGAUCUUAAAGAAUGGAUGGAGAAGAGAUUCCCUGCUGAUACCUACAAAGAAGCUCUCAAACUUAAGAAUGAGAAUUUUGGAAAGAUCCAACAGUCUUUCAGCGAAGUUCAUAGAAUCAGGAAGUUGCUGAAAAUGGGCCAGUCUGUCUGUAAAGUCAUUAUUUCUGGUUUUUCCCAGGGAACUGGCUUUGUGCUGUUUGAUAGGUUGAUCUUGACCAGUGCACAUUUGUUCAAAGGAUGCGUUCAAGGAAAAAACAUUUUGGAUCAUAUAAACGUCUCUGCUCUAUUUAACUAUGAUGAUCCUGAGCCAGAGACAAAUUACUUUUAUUUCUCUGCUGAGAAAACAUUUAUCGACAUUGAUGAUGAGCUAGAUUAUGCAAUACUGGUGCUCGAACCAGGGGGCCAAAAAUCCAACCCCAAAACGAACGUAGAUAAUGUAAAAGUUCCUCCAGGGCUGCUCAACAAAUUUGGUCCUCUUCCUAUAAAUGGGGAGGCCUGUAUUAUUGGCCACCCAGCAGGAGGAGUAAAGAAAAUUGAUCCAACAUGCAUCAUUGAGCCAAAGGGGAGAGAACAAGCUGUCAAUGAUCAUAUAGCCAAACACAAAGAUUCGAUGUUCAUCCUCCAAUCAGUGUUUCAAAUCCAGAAUCGAGGCAUUGAGGACAUAAUGAUGGGUGGAGACAAAGCAGAAAAGGUGGCUACCUACCACACCUUCAUGUAUCACGGAGCAUCUGGCUCUCCAGUGUUUGAUGCCCAUGGCAUGCUCUUUGGGCUUCACACAGCAGGUUAUUGUUAUGAGCUCCCACACAUGAAAGGCAGCGUUAUUGAGUACGCUUAUCCUCUGCUCACUAUAUUUGAAAAGUUUGUGAGCAAUCUGAAGGAAAGUGGAAAUGUUCAGAUGCUGGAAAAGGUGAAGGAGGCAGCGACAGAGAAUCAGCACCUUGACAAAAUACUCCAGUUUGAACCAAUGGAGGUCAAUUAGACUGACUGUAGAAAUGCUAGAGCUGCAGAUUUAGUUUUAACAGCUGUGGCCCUACAAAUACAACUCUAACAAGAUUCAGAAACUUAUUUUUAAAAACCAAACAAUUGUCCAUUUAUUGGCUUAAUAUCUACAUUUUUACAGAGAGGCCUUUAUGUGGGGUGGGGAGUGGGGUGGUUAUACCUUACACAUUUCCUAGUUUACAUUUAGACUGUCAGAAAAACCAAGAGUACCCAGGAAGAGACGUAAAUGCAUGGAGAGAACAUCAUACUUCAUUCAGGAAGGUAAUUGUCAGGAAUAAAAACCAGAACUAAUUUACUGGGCUGAUUUUGUUUCAUCCAGUGAAAUUGCCCCCUGAGUCUUGAACAGGAGUAAAAACCCAUCAUAAAAUAAAUAUCCUAAAUUAAUCAAAGAUAAUCUUCCUUCCAAAGAAACAUUUUAGUCCAUUUCUCAAUUUUAUCCUAACAAGAUCGCCGCCAUCCCUAUUUCUACUAUUGGGUGAGAGACACUAACAUCCUGGUUGGGUUGCUGGUUAAGACUCCACGUUUUUCACCACUUUUAUUUUACCUUCAUACACAUUAGUUUUGG